ACAGAGCCGGGAGAACGGGUGCAGCCGGCUGCAGGGGACGAGCCGGGGCCGGUGCCCAGCAGCUCCAGACAUGGUGAAGAGGAAGAGCUCGGAGGGUCCGGAUCAGGAAAGGCAUCGAGGAAUCCCUCUCCCUAUACAGAUCUUCCUGUGGAGACAAACAAGUGCAUUUCUGAGACCAAAGCUGGGCAAACAGUAUGAAGCCUCAUGUGUGUCAUUUGAGAGAGUUCUGGUGGAGAACAAACUACAUGGUCUGUCACCUGCCUUGUCUGAAGCAAUCCAGAGUAUCUCCCGCUGGGAACUGGUCCAGGCUGCACUACCACAUGUCUUACACUGUACAGCAACCCUGCUCUCCAACAGAAACAAGCUAGGACAUCAGGACAAGCUUGGUGUUGCAGAAACAAAACUUCUUCAUACUCUUCAUUGGAUGCUCCUGGAAGCCCCUCAAGAUUGCAACAAUGAUAGGUUUGGGACUGAUCGAAGCUCCAGCUGGGGAGGAGGCAGUGGGGCAUUUAUUCACCAAGAAAAUCAAGGUUCUCCAGGACAUUCCAGGCCAAGCAACACCAAUGAGGAGGAUGAGAACAAUCGCAGGAAGUUCCUGCAGAAUUCUAUGGCCACAGUGGAGCUCUUUGUGUUCUUAUUUGCUCCUCUGGUCCAUAGGAUUAAGGAAUCAGACCUAACAUUUCGCUUGGCGAGUGGCUUGGUGAUCUGGCAGCCAAUGUGGGAACACAGACAUCCUGAAGUUCCUGCUUUUACAUCACUUGUGAAACCCAUUCGCAACAUUAUAACAGCCAAAAGAAGUUCCCCGUGUAACAGUCAAAGCCAAGUGGUGGAAUCGCCCAAGUUGGAUGUAGGACCCUCACAGGGAUUUGAGGUAGUGUCUGAAGUGGCCCAGCCAGACUCCAUCUCUCCCCGAGCUGCUGUCUCCAGCUGUCAGAGGGCAAACUCUUUUGAUGGCUGCACCACCUCUCAGACCUCGCAGGAGAGAGGCCCACCAUUUCCAAGAGCAUCUUUGGUGAUUCCGCCAUGCCAAAAAUCUCGCUAUGCCACAUAUUUUGAUGUGGCUGUUCUAAGGUGCCUUUUACAGCCUCAUUGGUCAGAAGAGGGUACGCAAUGGUCACUCAUGUACUACCUGCAAAGGCUCCGGCAUAUGUUGGAGGAGAAGCCAGAAAAAUCUCCUGAACCAGAGGAGCCUCCACUUCCUCGUCCAAGGAGCAGCUCUAUGGUGGCAGCUGCACCUUCCCUUGUGAACACUCACAAAACACAAGAUCUCACCAUGAAGUGUAAUGAAGAGGACAGAUCCCUGGGGACUGAACCUUAUGCCAAGGUCUCCUUGUCCAACCUUAGACGAUCAGCAAUUCCUGAUCUUUCCUCAGAUAUUGGGAUAAACAUCUUCAAGAAGUUUAAAAGCCGUCGGGAGGAUAGAGAACGCAAGGGUUCUAUCCCUUAUCAUCAUCAGGGGAAGAAGCGACAGAGAAGAAUGGGUGUGCCAUUUUUACUUCACGAAGACCACUUGGAUGUAUCUCCAACACGCAGCACAUUUUCUUUCGGGAGUUUUUCUGGUGUUGGUGAGGACAGGCGUACUAUUGAAAAGGCCGGAUGGCAGACUACAAUACUUGGUAAAUUCACCAGACGUGGGAGCUCGGACACUGCUACGGAAAUGGAAAGCUUAAGUGCUAGACAUUCUCACUCGCAUCACACUCUAUUGAGUGACUUGCCUGACCACUCCAACAGCCAUGGAGAAAACACCGUUAAGGAGGUGAGGUCCCAAAUCUCCACUAUCACGGUGGCCACUUUCAACACCACGUUGGCUUCUUUUAAUGUGGGCUAUGCUGACUUUUUCACUGAGCACAUGAGAAAGCUGUGCCACCAAGUGCCCAUUCCUGAAUUGCCACAUGAACCCUUGGCCUGUGCCAAUCUUCCACGGAGCUUAACUGAUUCCUGCAUUAACUACAGCAGCCUUGAGGACACCGAUCACAUAGAUGGAACCAACAAUUUUGUCCAUAAGAACGGAAUGCUCGAUCUCUCGUUUGUUCUUAAAGCGGUAUAUCUCGUCUUAAACCAUGACAUCAGCUCUCGUAUAUGCGAUGUGGCCCUCAAUAUUGUAGACUGCCUGCUGCAGCUCGGGGUUGUUCCCUGUGUAGAGAAAAAGAGGAAGAAAAGUGACAACAAAGAGAAUGAUUCCUCCUCUCUAUCAGGAUCAGCCUCAGUUUCCACAGAGAAGAGACAGAGCGAAGGGAAUUUUCAGAUGAAAGGGGCAGCCAGAGGAUCAAAUUGUGGUUUUGGAGGAGCUCCUAGUGGGGCAGCCGGUGGUGGAGGAGGAGGAGAUGGAGGAAGUGGUGGAGAUGGCUAUUUUGACAAGAAUGACAAAAACAAUGAAAAGGAUGAGAAUGUAACAACCCACAAGCUGGCUCUUACCAUGCUUAUAAAACUGGUGAAGUCUCUAGGUUGUGCAUAUGGUUGCGGUGAGGGGCAUAGAGGGCUGUCUGGGGAUCGCCUAAGAAACCAGGCACAGAGCUGCCUUACCAAGCUAUAUAAAUUGGAUAAAGUACAGUUCCGGCAAACCAUGAGAGAUUAUGUUAACAAGGAUUCCCUCAAUAAUGUUGUGGACUUUCUGCAUGCUCUUCUCGGGUUCUGCAUGGAGCCAGUUACUGACAACAGGGCUGGAUUUGGGAACAACUUCACCACAAUGGACAACAAGUCUACAGCCCAAAGUGUGGAGGGCAUUAUCGUGAGCUCUAUGUUUAAGUCUCUGAUUACACGAUGUGCUUCAACUACUCAUGAGCUACACAGUCCUGAGAACCUGGGUCUAUAUUGUGACAUUCGACAGCUGGUACAGUUUAUCAAAGAGGCUCAUGGCAAUGUUUUUCGAAGGGUUGCCCUGAGUGCUUUGCUGGACAGUGCAGAAAAGUUGACACCAGGGAAAAAAUCUGAAGACGGAGAACAGGAGCCAAGACCUUCAGGAAGCAAAAGACCGGAAGAGGGGAGUGCUCCUGAAAAGGGCCGUGUCUCCUAUGCGCCCGAGGAGUGCCGAAGUUACAUCUCUAGCCACCCCCCGCAAUCACCAGAGCACAAUGCAGAAAAUCUUAACGUUCACCCUGAUCUAUCUCGCAGCGACGAGCAAAUGCAAGGCGCGGGACUUGGCAGAAAAGAUUUUUGGCGCAAGAUGUUCAAAUCCCAGAGUGCGGCCAGUGACACCAGUAGCCAAUCAGAGCCAGACACUUCGGAAUGCACUACUGCCCAUUCUGGAAACACCAAUGAAAGGAGAUCACGAUCCCGGUCACGCAGGAUCUCACUCCGCAAAAAGCUUAAAUUACCCUUGGGCAACUGGUUGAAACGUUCCUCCCUUUCUGGGCUGACGGAUGGAGUUGAAGAUUUUUUGGAUAUAAGUUCAGUCGAUCGACUUUCAUUCAUCAGACAGAGCUCCAAGGUGAAGUUUACCAGUGCUGUAAAGCUGUCAGAAGCUGGACCAGGAACCGGACUGGAAAGCGGAAGAGAUGAAGAAGAGAAUUUUUUCAAGCGUCUUGGGUGUCAAAACUUUGAUGACAAUAUGACAUCCAACCAGGAGGCUGGGAAAAGUAAAAAUGUAGUCAACUUGGGCGCCAUAAGGCAAGGAAUGAAACGCUUCCAGUUUCUUUUGAAUUGCUGUGAGCCAGGAACCAUACCUGAUGCUUCAAUAUUGGCAGCAGCUCUAGAUUUGGAAGCUCCUGUGGUGGCCAGAGCUGCACUCUUCCUGGAGUGUGCCCGUUUUGUACAUCGUUGUAAUCGGGGAAACUGGCCAGAGUGGAUGAAGGGACAUCAUGUGAACAUUGCCAAAAAGGGCUUGUCACGAGGUCGCUCCCCAAUAGUCGGCAACAAACGCAACCAGAAGUUGCAAUGGAACGCUGCCAAGCUCUUCUACCAGUGGGGAGAUGUGAUAGGCGCCCGUUUAAAUGAGGUUUGCCACAGCGAGAGUGAAAGUCCAGCCAACCUGCUGGGACUUAUCUAUGAUGAAGAAACCAAGAGGCGUCUGAGGAAGGAGGAUGAGGAAGAAGACUUUUUAGAUGACAGUUCCGUAAACCCAACCAAAUGUGGCUGUCCAUUUGCCCUGAAGAUGUCAGCAUGUCAGCUGCUCUUGGAAAUCACCACCUUUUUACGUGAAACAUUCCCAUGCCUGCCAAGGCCCCGAGCCGAACCUCUUGCGGAUCUGGAAACAUGCCGUCUGCGACUGGACCCAGAGAUGGACCGACAUAGAUACGAGAGGAAGAUCAGCUUUGCUGGGAUCUUGGAUGAAAAUGAAGAUUCCAAAGACUCUCUACACAGCAGCAGCCACACUCUAAAGUCGGACACAGGCUAUGAGGAGAAGAAAGAAGGGAGUCCUUGGAGCACUAGUGAACCAAGUAUUGAGCCAGAGGGAAGCAACAUUGGCACAGAGGAAAGCUACCAUCGUAACAUGUCCUGGCUGCAUGUCAUGAUCCUUUUAUGCAACCAACAAAGUUUCAUUUGUACUCAUGUGGAUUACUGCCACCCUCACUGCUACCUUCAUCACAGUCGCUCCUGCGCCAGGUUGGUAAGAGCAAUUAAGCUGCUCUAUGGAGACACCGUGGAUUCGCUCAAAGAAGACAACCUGGGCUGCGGCUCUGGACUUAGGGGCAAAAAGGUGAAAGAGUGUUCUGAUAAGUCUUGCCUGCGAACUCCUUCUCUGAAAAAGAGAGUGACAGAGGCCAACCUGGAAGGAAAGAAAGACAGUGGAAUGCUGAAAUAUAUAAGGCAUCAGGUGAUGAGUUUGUCUCCAGCGCCCCUGUCAUUGCUUAUUAAAGCGGCACCGAUCCUAACAGAGGAGAUGUACGGAGACAUCCAACCAGCUGCUUGGGAGCUUCUACUGAGUGUGGAUGAGCACAUGGCUGGAGCUGCAGCUGCCAUGUUCUUGCUGUGUGCUGUGAAGGUGCCGGAUGCUGUCUCCGACAUGCUAACAUGUGAAUUCCAGCACCCGGAAGCAGGGCAGAGACUCAAUGCCAUCCUGAAGUUCCAUACACUCUGGAGGUUCAGGUACCAGGUCUGGCCAAGGAUGGAGGAAGGUGCCCAACAGAUCUAUAAGAUCCCUCCUCCGAGCAUUAACUUCACCUUGCCUUCUCCUAUCCUGGGAAUGCCCUCAGUUCCAAUGUUUGACCCACCUUGGGUUCCGCAGAGCAGUGGAAGUGUCCAGGACCCAAUCAACGAGGACCAGUCAAAAUCAUUCUCUGCCCGUGCUGUGUCUCGGUCCCACCAGAGAGCUGAACACAUUCUCAAGAACCUUCAGCAGGAAGAGGAGAAGAAGCGAUUGGGAAGAGAGGCCAGUUUGAUAACAGCCAUCCCAGUGACACAGGAGGCCUGCUAUGAACCGACCUGUUCACCCAACUCUGAGCAAGAGGAAGAAGAAGAAGCCCCAAAUUUGAACUCUCGCAGACUCUCAGUGAGCCCAUCCUGCACCUCCAGUACCUCACAUCGCAACUACUCCUUCCGCAGAGGGUCCGUGUGGUCUAUCAGAUCUGCUGUGAGUGCUGAAGAUGAGGAACAUGCCACAGACCACUCGGCAAAUCAUCACGUGUCUCAGCCACCCCAACCUGUCUUUCCUGCCUGUAUCUGUGCUGCGGUCUUGCCUAUUGUUCACCUUAUGGAGGAUGGUGAUGUCCGUGAAGAUGGGGUAGCAGUGAGUGCGGUGGCACAGCAGGUUCUAUGGAAUUGUUUGAUUGAGGAUCCCUCCACUGUCCUCCGACAUUUUCUGGAGAAACUUACCAUCAGUAACCGUCAGGAUGAGUUGAUAUACAUGCUGAGGAAGCUUCUUCUAAAUAUUGGAGAUUUCCCUGCCCAAACCUCACACAUUCUGUUCAACUACUUGGUUGGCCUGAUCAUGUACUUUGUCCGCACUCCAUGUGAAUGGGGCAUGGAUGCCAUAUCAGCCACUCUGACCUUCCUCUGGGAAGUUGUCGGGUACGUUGAAGGUCUAUUUUUCAAGGAUCUAAAGCAGACCAUGAAGAAGGAACAAUGUGAGGUUAAGCUUUUAGUGACUGCAUCCAUGCCAGGCACAAAGACUCUAGUUGUACAUGGACAGAAUGAGUGUGAUAUCCCCACACAGCUCCCAGUACAUGAAGACACACAGUUUGAGGCGCUCUUGAAGGAAUGCCUGGAGUUUUUCAAUAUAGCGGAUUCUCAAUCUGCCAAUUACUUCCUGAUGGACAAAAGGUGGAAUCUGAUUCAUUAUAACAAGACAUAUGUUCGUGACAUUUAUCCUUUUCGGAGGUCAGUUUCCCCACAGCUGAACUUAGUCCAUAUGCCACCAGAAAAGGGUCAGGAGCUGAUUCAGAAACAGGUGUUUACAAGAAAAUUGGAAGAGGUUGGGCGAGUCCUCUUUUUGAUAUCACUGACCCAGAAGAUCCCCACUGCCCAUAAGCAGUCCCACGUCUCCAUGCUGCAAGAAGAUCUCUUGCGCCUGCCGUCAUUCCCUCGAAGUGCCAUUGAUGCUGAGUUCUCCCUCUUCAAUGACCCUCAAGCUGGAAAGGAGCUGUUUGGCCUGGACACCCUGCACAAGAGCCUUUGGAUAAAGCUCUUAGAGGAGAUGUUCUUGGGGAUGCCUAGUGAAUACCCCUGGGGUGAUGAGAUUAUGCUUUUCCUGAAUGUCUUCAAUGGAGCUCUGAUUCUUCACCCAGAAGAUAGUGCCCUCAUCAGGCAGUAUGCUGCUACUGUCAUUAACACUGCUGUACACUUCAACCACCUUUUCUCACUCAGUGGAUACCAGUGGAUUCUUCCCACAAUGCUACAGGUAUAUGCCGAUUAUGAAAGUAACCCUCAGCUGCGACAAGCCAUUGAGUUUGCCUGCCGGCAGUUCUACAUCCUUCACCGUAAACCAUUUGUACUGCAGCUGUUUGCCAGUGUUGCUCCUCUUCUAGACCUUCCUGACGGCGUGAGCAGCUCCUCAUCCAGUAAAGGAGUAUCUUCUCAGUGCCUUUUUGACCUGUUACAGUCAUUGGAAGGAGAUACCCCGGACAUUCUAGAUAUCCUGGAACUAGUGAAAGCAGAACGCCCUCUGAAAUCAUUAGAUUUUUGCUAUGGAAAUGAAGAUAUGGCGUUCUCCAUCAGUGAGUGCAUCAAGCUGUGUGUGACAGUUGUAGCUUAUGCUCCAGAAUCAUUCAGGAGUCUGCAGAUGCUUAUGGUCCUGGAGGCACUGGUUCCCUGCUACCUGCAGAAGCUGAAGCGUCAGACAUCUCAGCUGGAGACGGUGUCAGCCGCACGAGAAGAAAUAGCUGCCACCGCUGCUCUGGCUACUUCUCUUCAGGCCUUGUUAUACAGUGUGGAGGCUCUGACGAGGCCUAUGACAGCUCCACAGAUGAGUAGGGGUGACCAAGGCCACAAAGGAGCUACAACUGCCAAUCACACAAUGUCAGCUGGGGUCAACCUCAGAGAUAAUCUCCAUCUUCUUGAAGAAGGUCAAGGCCUGCCCAGGGAAGAGCUUGAUGAAAGGAUUGCAAGAGAAGAGUUCAGAAGGCCUCGAGAGUCCCUGCUCAACAUCUGCACUGAGUUCUACAAACACUGCGGGCCCCGACUGAAGAUUCUACAGAACCUGGCAGGAGAGCCAAGAGUCACCUCUCUGGAACUACUGGAUGUAAAAUCACAUAUGAGGUUGGCUGAAAUUGCCCAUUCGCUUUUGAAGCUGGCACCUUAUGACACGCAGACAAUGGAGAGCAGGGGAUUGAAACGUUACAUCAUGGAGAUGCUGCCUAUCACAGACUGGACAGCUGAAGCAGUGAGACCAGCCCUUAUCCUCAUCCUAAAGCGGCUGGAUCGUAUGUUCAAUAAAAUUCACAAAAUGCCAACUUUAAGGCGACAGGUUGAGUGGGAACCUGCCAGCAAUUUGAUAGAAGGGGUUUGUUUGACACUUCAGAGGCAGCCAAUCAUAUCCUUCCUGCCUCACCUUAGGUCUUUGAUCAAUGUUUGUGUCAACCUGGUAAUGGGUGUGGUGGGGCCCUCAAGUGUUGCAGAUGGCUUGCCUCUUCUUCAUCUCAGCCCAUACCUCUCCCCUCCUUUGCCAUUCAGUACAGCAGUUGUUAGGCUGGUGGCUCUUCAGAUACAGGCUUUAAAAGAAGACUUCCCACUGAGUCACGUGAUCUCGCCAUUUACCAAUCAGGAAAGGCGAGAGGGAAUGCUCCUGAACCUCCUGAUUCCUUUUGUGCUGACAGUUGGAUCAGGAAGCAAAGAUAGUCCUUGGUUGGAGCAGCCUGAGGUCUUCCUGCUACUGCAGACUGUGAUAAACAUCCUGCUACCCCCAAGAAUCAUCAGCACCUCCCGGAGCAAGAACUUUAUGUUGGAAAGUUCUCCAGCCCACUGCUCCACCCCAGGGGAUGCUGGGAAAGAUCUGCGCAGAGAAGGGCUUGCAGAGUCUACCAGUCAGGCUGCUUAUCUUGCCCUCAAAGUCAUAUUGGUCUGCUUUGAGAGGCAGCUGGGAAGCCAGUGGUAUAGGCUGAGCUUGCAAGUGAAGGAGAUGGCCCUUCGGAAGGUGGGAGGACUAGCCCUGUGGGACUUCCUUGACUUCAUUGUGAGAACUCGUAUCCCAAUAUUCGUACUCCUGAGACCUUUCAUACAAUGCAAGCUAUUGGCGCAACCAGCUGAAACCCAGGAUGAACUAAGUGCGCGGCAGCAUAUUGCAGACCAGUUGGAGCGCCGCUUCAUCCCGAGACCCCUGUGCAAGAGCUCACUGAUCAAUGAGUUCAAUAAUGAACUGAAGAUUCUGAAGGAGGCUGUGCAUAGUGGUUCAGCAUACCAAGGGAAGACCUCAAUCAGCACAGCCGGUACAUCCACCUCUGCUUACCGUUUGAGUUUAGCUACAAUGUCCCGCUCCAACACAGGCACAGGGACUGUCUGGGAACAGGACAGUGAGCAUUCCCAACAAGCUUCACAGGACACACUCAGCCGCACAGAUGAGGAGGAAGAAGAAAAUGACUCUGUGAGCAUGCCCAGUGUGGUAAGUGAGCAAGACGCUUACCUGUUGAGUGCCAUUGGGAGGAGACGUUUCUCCAGUCACACUUCCAGCAUGUCUGUCCCUCAGGCCGAGGCCGGAGGCAUGCUUCCAAGUCAAAGGGUAGCAAGUGUGCAGAGUGAACCCGGCCACCAGAACCUUCUCGUUCAGCAGCCGCUUGGAAGGAAGCGAGGCCUGAGACAGCUUCGAAGACCUCUACUCUCACGCCAAAAAACACAAACUGAACCAAGAAGUCGGCACGGGGCCAGGCUUUCAACCACACGUAGAAGCAUACAGCCCAGGACCAAGCAAAUAGUGGAUCAGAAGCGAUCAGUAACUUUUACUGAAACGCAGCCACAGCCAUCCACAUCCCAAGCUGAUGCCCCUACUGUGGCUACUCGUUCUGGAUGUAGCCCCGCAGCAUCCAUCAAACAGGCAUCCACAGAUAGCCCUCUGCUCACCUCCUCACCGUCCAUCACCGUGGCUGAUCUCCACAGCCCAAAUGACAGCCAGAGAGGGGGCCGCUUCCUGGUGAAGGAGGUCAUUGAUCCCAACAGACUGGCAACCCCAACUUUACAUAGCUCCCCAGCCUCCCAUCUUUCAGACCCCGAAGACUUUGAAGGCCUGGAGACUAGCAGCCUUCUUCAGUAUGGAGACACUGUUCUACACAUCACAGAAGAUAACGGAAUGGAGAACCCUCUCGUCUCAAGACACUUUAACUUCUCCCAUAUUGAGUUGGGGGAGACAGAUAUUGACCUGGAUGAGUCUCAUGUGUAAUACCGAGAGUUUAAAAGCUGCCUAUGCUUAGACUGGUAUGUUCUCACUAGCGUAAAAAGGCUCAUUUGUUAGCCUGCUUUACAUGCACAGAGCACUUAAUGUUCCUUUCCUGUGAUGACUGCUGUGACCUCGAUGCUGUGCUUUUUUUGCGUGACCAGUUCAAAUAUCUCAAAUUGGCUACCUUGUUUAAGGCCAAAAAAGUAGGUGGUCAGUGUUAAUGUGCUCCUGAUAGAUUCCUAUCUUUCUUGCUUAGAAUAAAAGCUGAU